CAAGCUGCUCAAGGGGUGUCCUGUCCGUGCGCCGCGCCAGCGCGCCGGGGACACCGAGGCGCCCCCCCGGGCGGCGGCCCGAUUCCAGCAGGCCAUGCCUGGAUUUCAUGGGCCUGGUUGCGGGUGCGCGCAUGAGGAAGACUUCACAGGCGUCGCUCAGCUGCUGCUCCCGUGGAUCGACGUUGAGAACGUCGUUGCCCUGAAUGAGGAUACGCCCAACACGGGCAAACGCGUUUUCCGCAUAUACGACGACAGGCUGGACGACGAGAAGCUGGUGGAGUGCCCCGAGGGCGAGGAGGAGCUGCUGGUGCAGGUGCCCUUCACUUCGCCGGUGAAGAUCACCGGGCUGACCGUCAUCGGCGGCGACCAGGGCCGCGCGCCCGCCAGGGUUGCCCUGUACACCAACAGAGAGGACCUGGACUUCUCGAGCGUCGACGACGUCUUGCCGAGCCAGGAGAUCGAUCUGGUGGAGGACUUCCACGGGGCGGUGCAGCACCCGACGCGCGUGACCCGCUUCGUGAACGUCACCCAGCUGGCGCUGCUCUUCCCCGCCCCGCUGGGCGGCGACCGCGUCAGAAUACACUGUGCAUGCGGCAUGGGGGUGGCCCCUGGCAUGGCCUGCCGUCGCCUGCCCCCGGACGUCGCCAAGGGGGCGAAGGGCCUAGCAGCUCCCGCUCUCCUCGUUGCGGCUCUGCUGUCGCUCCUCUACCUGGUGGCCAGGUAUCUGAACACGUACCAGGCUUGGUCUGUCCUGUGGAUGGCGGGGUGGUUCGUGGGCGUGUGGGCGGCCUUCGUGGCCGCGCGGGCCGUGCGGGAUCUCGUCGGCCUGGGUGGCUGGAGGGGCGCUGGACUGCGCAGGAGGCUGCGGCUCUGGGUGUACAUGGCGGGGAUGGCAGGCACGAGGAGCACCGGAGAGGUGGUGGACCUCGUGGUCACGUGUCUGUCGCUGGCCUCGUGCGCCAUGUACGUCCUCGAGACCUACAUGCCCUACCUCGCGAUAGACACCGGCUGGCUGGUGGCGGAGGCGGCAGUGUCCGUGGUGCUCUUGGUAGACUACCUCUUCCGCUUCUUUCUAGCCGCUGACGGCUUGAGGUACGUGUUCUCGUUUGUCAGUGUCGUCAACGUCCUGACCAUCGCGCCCGUGCUGGCCAACACGUGGUACCAUCUCAGCACGCCCGGGUCCAGCACUUGCGGGGGGACCGCCACCGCGGAUUCCCCCGCGGAACUCACCUAUUUCAGGCUCCUGAGGAUGCUCCGGGUCCUCAGAGUACUCAGAGCGCUCAACCUUUUGAGGAGCGCGCCCACAGAAGACCUGAGGCGCGAGGUGUUCACGCUGGUGGUGGACUGGCGGACUUCCGUGGGCAUUGUGUUCGCGUCUGCUGGCUUGUACCAAUGGCUGACGAACAGCGACCGUUGCUUCAGCUGUAGUUACAGAAACACCAUGUCAGACGAGAGUUACGACGACUACGUGGAGGUUGAUGAAUGCGUGCACUUCCACUGGGCUUUGUACUGGUGCACAAUAUCUGCCCUGAACCGGCCACGCUUGGAAAUGAACAAUGACCUCACCGUCUUGAUGGUGAUUUUCCUGGUCGCCAUCACAUGCGUCGUGAUCCCCCUCCAGCUAAGCAAGAUCUAUACAGUGAUGCAGCAAGGCAGCAAGUCUCAACGGGCAGAGUACAUUCCUAGCUCAAGUGAGGCAAGGCACGUCGUGUUCACGGGUCACUUGGAGCUCGCGGCGCUGAACAUGCUGUUGUACGAGUUUUUCCAUCCAGAUCGCUUCGAGCAGGCAGUUGCAGGACGUCGUUCUGCUCUUCCCGAACAGCCUCGACCACGGCGUGGAGGUGCUCCUGUCUCACCCGGAGUACGUGGGCCACGUGACCUACGUGCAGGGCUCCCCCCUGCGAGAGAGCGACCUGGUUCGGGCGGGGCUCCACGCGGCGACGGGCGUCAUCCUGCUGUCCAACAAGGAUCCGAGGCCGCGGAUCCCAGCUGGCACGACUCCGAGCUGGUGGCCUGUGCGCAGUCCAUGAAGGCUCUGUGGCUGAAGCUGGAGUCGAGGCGACCGCGCGAGGAUCUACAAUCCGUGCUCAGCCGGUACAGCCGCCCGCGCAUCUCGGCCACUGCUAAUGCCGGAGACGAAGCAGUAUCUCGUGGAGCUGCCAGGCUGGACCAGGGAGGACGUGGUCAUUGUCUGCAGCGAGUACGUGUCCUGGAUGCUCGGGAUGGCAACGCUGGCCAGGGGCAUGGCCACCGUGGUCUUCAACCUGACGAGCCACAGCGAGCGCCGCGAGCACCCCCCCGGGAGCUGGCACCAGCAGUACGAGGAGGGCGCCCACCAGGGCCUGUACUCCGUGAAGGUCCGACCGGGCCACGUGGUCGGGCUCGAUUUGAUGGCGGCCGCCCAAAGCUGGCGUGCCACGACGUCCUCUUGAUAGCCGUUGAGUCCCAAGACGGCGGCAGCCAUUCGGGCUUCCACCUGUUCCCCGGCCCGCUGGGCUUCGAGCUGCGUGAGGGCGACCGCCUCGUCUGCGUGGCGCGCAGCAACCUGAGGCUGCACGCCGCGGUCGAGGAGCUCCUGCACGCCCGGUCGAGAAGCUCGCUCAGGAUUGCGUCCGACCUGGCCACGAAGAGCAGCUCGCAG